AGAAUAGUCCUAAGUUACGCGCACACCGCGUGGGCAUCACAAUGUCCAAUAAGUUACAGAUUCAUUGUUGCGUUCUAGUAAUUUUAUUUGUUAAUUUAGAUUGUGAAGUAUAUCAAGACCAACCUAAGAUUAAAGCUGCAGAUGGUGACCUUUUCAUUGAGGCUGCUUAUGAUCAAAACAUUCACAUACGUCCAAACGGGCCGCGAUCAAAAGUUUUCAUCGCGGGCGUAAAUAUAUUGGACUUGAAUAUUACAGACACAGGUGGAAGAGAGACCUCUAACCAUGCAUUGGAUAGUUAUCUCAAUGGACCAAACGACAUCUUACAAAGACUUGAGCGGCUGGAAACUCGAAAUGUAAUGCCAGAUGGUUUGUUACUGAAUAUAUCGGUUCUUUGGAGAAGAGUAAAUAGGUUAACGAAUAGGGUUACAAAUCUGCAAUUGCGUCUCAACAACGACAUUACAGAUAAAUGUCAAUCUAAUCCAUGUAAGAACGGAGGCACAUGUUUAAAUAUAGUGAACAAUUAUCACUGCUUAUGCCCAUCCAAUUGGGAAGGUACAAAUUGUGACGUGGAUGUAAACGAAUGCCGCAAUUUCGCUGGUACCGAUUUGGGUUGUCAAAACGGAGCUACUUGUGUGAAUCGACAAGGAACUUACGAGUGUCUAUGUAUACCAGGGUGGUUUGGAGUUCACUGUACCAGAAGACUCAAAGAUUGUAGCGCAGGAAAUCACGAAAUGUGUGGACAUGGAACCUGUAUACCCGUUACAACUGGAGAAGGAAUUACAUGCGUGUGUGAUCAAGGCUGGACUAAUAACGGAACAAGUGUCGCUUGCAUUAAUGAUGUAAAUGAGUGCGAGUCAACACAAGGACCUCGCUGUUCAGUUAGUCCUAGAGUUGACUGCAUCAACUUACCGGGAUCAUUUAGAUGCGGCCCUUGUCCAUUUGGUUAUGAAGGCGAUGGUUAUAUUUGUUCUGAUAUCAAUGAAUGUUUAUCGACUACCACGCCCAAUGGCGGAUGUAGCACUAGUCCAUUGGUUACAUGCCACAAUACAAUAGGCUCCCGUAUAUGCGGUGCAUGUCCUGUUGGCUACCAAGGUGAUGGUAUUACCUGUACAUGGAGAGGUUCCUGUAAUAUUAAUCACGGAGGAUGUCAUCCUUCAGCUCAAUGUAUUGAAAGUUCCGGUAUUAACGGUCAAGUGGGACAAUGCAUUUGCCCAGAAGGAAUGGAUGGCGACGGCGUUGGUCUUCAAGGAUGCUACGUUUCAGCUUUUAACUCAACAACCGGAUGCGACAGCAAUCCUUGCGGAGUUCACGGUCAAUGUCAUCCACUACGCCACGGUUACACGUGCAUCUGCUACAGAGGAUACAGCGGGGCUCUCUGCGAUUCGCCAAGCAACUACUGCGCCAGCAGCCCUUGUCUCAACGGAGGAACCUGUAGAGUGGACGAGAGUGGAGCGAGAGGAUUUAGAUGUGAGUGUACGGCACAGUAUACGGGUGACGUAUGUCAUGUAAUGGUCAGAAGUUGUAGUGGACUUUUCCAACAAGAAGAAGGUAGCAUUGUGUAUCCUUUGACUAAUACUACUUAUAGUCAUAAUUCUAAAUGCGCUUGGGUUAUACAAACCGACGAAGACAAAGUAAUAAAUGUAACAUUUAGUAGGUUUAAUCUGGAAGAAAGUCCUGAUUGUCGUUACGAUUUCUUGCAAAUUCAUGAUGGUAGAUCUACAGCUAGUCCACAUAUAGGCAGAUUUUGUGGAAAUACGUUUCCCAAUGGUGGUAACAUUAUUUCGAGUCAUAAUACCCUGUACUUCUGGUUUAGGUCGGAUCAAAAUGUAGCUAAAGACGGCUUUGCGUUGCAUUGGACGAGCAUACAUCCUAUUUGUGGAGGUGAAAUUAACGCCACCGUUCAUGGUCGAAUUAGUUCGCCUGGUUCUCCGGGAAAGUAUCCUCCUAAUAGAGACUGUUAUUGGCAUUUGAGAACUACUUUGGGUAAAAGAAUACAGCUGCACUUCUUUGCAUUUGAUAUAGUAGGUAACGCAAACUGUUCCUCAGACUACCUAGCGAUACAUGAUGGGGAGUACGUCACAGAUCCACUAUUGAGUAGAUUAUGCGGAUCUGUCCAUCCCGCACCGGUAGAGUCUGUUAGUUCUGAAUUAUUGUUACACUUUCAUUCUGAUGCACACGGCGGCGGAAAUGGCUUUCAGAUUGCCUUUGCUCCAACAGACGGCGUACCAGGCUGUGGAGGCUUUUUCACAGCUAGCAAAGGUGAGAUCACUUCACCAUCUUAUGAGGGUAGAUAUAUGACCAAUUUAUUAUGUGAAUACAAAAUACAAACAAGUGCCGACACUAAAGUUCGCAUAAAUUUUAUUUCUUUCAAACUGGAAACAUCUUUGAGGUGCAACUUUGAUUAUGUCAAAAUUUAUGACGGUCCAUCAUCGGAGUCAAGACUCGUGGGCAAAUUCUGUGGUAACACAUUCCCAAAAACUUUUACGUCGUCGACUAAUAAACUUUUUAUUGUAUUCAAAUCGGAUCACAGCCUGUCUGCUGAAGGCUUUAAGAUAACUUACGAGACAGUGUGUCAACAAAAUAUAAUUGGAGAUAGUGGAGUCAUAAAAUCGCCAGGGUAUCCAUUUACUUAUCCAGAGAAUAGAAUGUGUGAAUACGUCAUUGGGACUACAAUAGGUAAGGCAAUACAACUCACAUUCCAAGAUUUUGAUAUCGAAGACAAUAGGCGUUUCGAUUGUCAGUACGACAGUCUUGAAAUUAGAGACGGGGUAAACAGCAAUGCUACUCUUUUAGGCCGAUUUUGUGGUGGAACAGAACACACCCCUCCAGUUCAAACUUCGACACACAAUUAUAUGUAUUUGAAAUUCACAUCCGAUAUGAGUGUUUCUGGAACGGGGUUUUAUGCAAAUUAUACAACGAUUAAUACCGAGUGCGGCGGUAUAUAUAGAGAACCGACCGGUUUGAUUAAUCAUCCGUCGGAGCAGGCAAUGUACAAUAAUGAUCAGACUUGUACUUGGCUGCUGAUAGCCCCAGAAGGUAUGCAUAUUAAAUUGACAUGGAACAGGUUUGAACUUGAAAUUAUGCCCUCAUGUGGAGCCGAUUAUUUAGAAGUUUUGGAAUUGGAUGAAAAUAAUGAAAGUAGGUCUCUUGGUAAAUAUUGCGGUACUAAUACACCUCCCGCUUGGACAACCAGUUCGAAUAAUUUGAUGAUAAAGUUUGUAUCGGAUAGUAGUUCUCGCCAUGCCGGAUUCUCAGUUUCGUACACAUUUUUGAAUGAUAGAUCUCACUGUGGUGGAAUGUAUACUAAAGCUCAUGGUUUCAUAUACUCACCAGGCUGGCCAAAACACUACCAGAGUAGCCGUGAUUGUAUAUGGACUAUCAUGGCACCUAAAGGUCAACAAAUUAUGCUAAACAUAACACAAUUUGACUUAGAAAGACCCAUAAGGAAUAAGUGUAACUUUGGAGACUAUUUACAGAUACGUAACGGCGCUACUGAAACAUCACCUAUAAUCGGGACCUACUGCGGCUCAUUCCAAUGGAAAAAAGUAGUUUCGCACUCUAAUACAUUAUAUCUUCAUUUCCACUCCGACUCUUACAUAGGUGGGAACGGUUUUAAAAUCGAAUGGGAUAGUACGGCGACAGGAUGUGGCGGUACAUUAACCAGUCCUUCUGGUUCAAUAAGUUCUCCCAAUUAUCCGUCCAACUACCACGACAACGCGGAAUGUUUUUAUAAAAUCGUCACUAGUGCCGGAUCAAAAAUCCAAUUGAGAUUUAGAGAUUUAGAUCUUGAGGUAAGCAGCACAUGUAGAGAUGACUAUGUGGAAAUAUAUGAUGACAAAAACGUAAAUGGUGCUGUUUUAGGGAAAUACUGUUAUAUGGCACAGAUAUCGAGUCAUAUAGAAACAUCGUCGAAUUAUGCGUUUAUAAAAUUUAGGUCAGACUUCUAUAUAGGUGCUAAAGGCUUUUUGCUCGACUAUAAUACGGUGUGUCAAAGUAAUUUAACUGGAAGCCACGGAGUUAUAGAGAGCCCAGGCUUUCCUGACAGCUAUCUUACGAAUCUAAACUGCAUGUGGACUAUAACGGUACCGAAAGGAAAUAAAAUAAACGUAACGUUCACCCAUUUCGAUGUAUACAAAUUUCAACCACGUUUCGUAGGUAGUACUGUAAUUAGGUACGGUAUUAGGUAUUCACGCCCUGCUGCUUGUGACCCGGAUUAUUUGCAAUUCAAAGAGUCUUCAUAUGCAAGGUACCAGAAAUUGUGUGGUAAUGAACUACCCGCAGCAUUUACUACUCAAGGUAAUACAUUGCAAAUAGUAUUUGUUACGGGCUAUGUCAUGCCUAAAACGGGCUUCCGUUUGGAGUGGGCGAGAUACGGAUGUGGUGGGCAUGUUCAGAAAAGAUAUGGCAGUAUAACAGUGGACAAUACUAUAGGUGUCCUCGGUGAGGUGGAGUGCGAGUGGAUAAUAGAAGGCCGACCGGGUACAAGUAUAAAUCUUCGUAUUACUGAUCUGUACAUGAUGGAUUCCAAGAAUUGUACAACAGACGCGGUGGAAAUUUAUAACGGACCUGAUGCUAGAUCACCAUUACUAACCAAAGUUUGUCAUUUUACUCCGCUGUAUCAAAUUCAAUCCAGCACCAACUUCAUGAUGGUGCGUUUCGUUAAACAUUCUGCGCUUAAGGACGUCCGUUUCGGCUCAUCAUAUGAUUCGUAUAAUACUGGUUGCGGUGGUAGAAUAUUGGCACUUUCCGGUGUUAUACAUUCUAAAAACUAUCCUAAAAAUUACGACAUAAAUUUGGAUUGUAUGUGGACAUUGGAAGUCCCAAGAAAUCAUCGAAUACUUCUAACUUUUAUGGACUUCGAUUUAUUUAAAGAUGAUGAUGAAGACUGUGGAGACUCAAUUAAAAUCUACGAUGGAAAUUAUAUUCUCGAUACAAAUUAUACUCAACGGAUUUGUGCCGACUCUGAAGUGACCCAUAUAGUUUCAAAGAAUAAUAUAUUGGGCUUACAAUUUGUUUCGGGUGACGCAGGGACAGCAAAGGGAUUUAAAGCUAAUUUUACUGUUACUUGUGGUGCCAUUAUAACAGCUCAUUACGAUGGAAUAGUCACCAAUGACAAUUUUGUUCGUCACUUAGACGUGAACUGUUCAUGGACGAUUCUUGCACCAUCUCCUGAUAAAAAAAUAAGCUUAACGAUUACCCAUAUGUCCAUUCCGAAAAAUAUGAAUGUUGCAGCAAAUAGAACAUGUCCAUCAUCUUUCCUCAGAGUAUAUGAUGGCAAUGAUGAUGAAGCUCCGUUAGUAGAAGAAUAUUGUGGCAACAAAGUGCCUCCCAUGAUUGUGACUCAAGGUAGUGCCAUCACUAUUGUAUUGGGGACCUAUAGCGGUUCUGUGACUGGGCAGUUUUCGGCUCACUAUACUACUUUGUCGACAGCCUGUGGCGGCACUUUGACAUCUGAAGAAGGAUCAAUAGCGUCUCCCAAUUAUCCUUUAUCCUAUCCCACUAGUGCCAGCUGCGAAUGGGUAUUAAAAACAUCGCCUGGCAAUAAAGUUUAUAUAAAUUUUGAAGAGUUUGAUUUGGAAGAUUCUGAAAAUUGUAAUGAAGACUAUUUAGAAGUACGUGAAAACGAUGGCGUUGGUCGUUUAGUGGGCCUUUAUUGUGGUAAAAAUAUACCAUCUAAUACUACAGCAGCGUCCAAACUCUAUAUUAAGUUCCACAGCGAUUCACAGGACGCAGGACGUGGCUUCCUUUUACAUUAUGGCUUUCUUCAUGGAAAUGUGAUUACUGGCUCAAAAAGUGGGAAUAUUGCUUCUCCAUUGUAUCCCUUCAAGUAUGUGGGUGCGGGUGAUUACUCUUGGAGAAUUCUCAUAAAUGGUUCACAGUCUGUAUCUUUGACUAUCGAAAGUUUAGAAAUACCAACUCACGGCUCUACUUGUUAUAAUUAUUUAGAAGUUUAUGAUGGUUACGACGAUGAAGCUCCUCUGCUACAGCAGUUUUGCGGUUUGUUGAAUGAACAAAAAGCAGUGCAAACGUCAUCCAAUGUGGCGUACAUAAAACUUCAUUUGGAAGAUUCUAAUACCGGUUCUAUCUUCUUUGUUAGUUGGACAGAAGCGGAUAUUAGUGAAGUGACAGAUGAGACUGAUCAAAUAAAUUGUGGUUCGAAUACAACACAGAUUGUUUCACCAGGUAAUGGUAUUGUUUUUAAAUCUCCGAAUUAUCCAAGUUCAUAUGGAGAUAAUUUAAAUUGCCAAUGGGUAUUUAAAAGUACACCACAACAUCAUUUGAUGUUACACUUUCAAGAUCUGAGACUCGAAGAGACUGCGUCGUGUUACGGUGAUUAUGUUUCGGUGUUCUCAUCAGAUUCUGGCGUGCAAUGGCGUCCAAUCAAAGAGAAUAUAUGUUUAAAGGAACAAAUAAAUGACGAUUUUAAUGCUUCCAAUUACAUUAAAACAACGUUUAGAUCAGACGUAGCUGUUGCUCGGAAUGGAUUCCAAGCUCUAGUGUCAUCGGUAUGUGGUGGAUUAAUUACGGAAAUGUCGGGCGUAUUUGGGCCAGUUUUGGCGGAUUUCCCAGCGACUAGAUUUAAUUAUAUAAACUUAGGCAAUACUAAGUGUGAAUGGAUAGUGAGGGUUAGACCUGGCAGAGUUAUCAAAUUUAAUUUUGAACAUUUCAAUAUUAGUAACAACGCCGACGAUUGUGUCACGUAUGUAACUGUACGUAAUGGUGAUUCUACACAGUCACCAUUUUUAGGAAGCGGAAAAUAUUGUGGAUAUGAACAUGAAAAUAGAGAGGGUUCUUUGGAAACUUCAGGUAAUACGUUGUUGGUCACUUAUACGAUUGGAUAUCUCAGACGGUUUCAAACUACCCAACCUAGAGGUUUCCAGAAUUUCAGAAUACGAUUCGAAGAGAAAAGUUUUGAGUGUGGUGCGACCUCGAAACUGGAUGCAGAUCACCCAUGGGAAAUAGUGAAUUCACCGAAUUACCCAUCUGUGCCGGUGCCUUACUCAGAAUGUGUUUGGGUAUUUUCAGGUCCCCCAGGUGAGGUAUUGAGAGUAGACUUUGCUCAUAUAGAUUUGGAACGUAAAGAUGACUGCUCAUCAGAAUUUGUGGAAAUACGUGAUGGCUUAACUAAUUUAGCUCCAGUACUAGGACAAAGGAUUUGUGGAAAGACGAAUCCCAGCACAAUUAAGACGACCUCCAAUAAUGUAUACAUCAAGUAUAUAACGGAGUUGUCGGAACCAUCUAGUGGUUUUACAGCAAACGUGACAAUAGAAGAGUGUGGUGGUACUAUAGUCAGCAAUAUAGGUGAAGUAAUUUCACCAGGAUAUCCACACAUGCAAACAUUAAAACCUGGCACCGUAUGCGAAUGGAGAAUCGUUACAUCUCGUAGACAAAUAUUGUUUAUUUAUCCCAAAGACAUCGACUUGCCUGAUUCUGAAACGCCGUGUGGUACUAAAAUUACUAUAGAGGAAAAAGUGCCAGUAAAUAAUAUAUUACACACGUAUUGCAGCAAUAAUAUACAAAAUCCAGAACCAGUUGAGUCAUCGUCUAACGAAGUUUUUAUAAAAUGGCAUAUAGGAAAUAAUGCACACUGGUCGACAGCGUCGACUUAUAGAGGUUUUCGUUUAACUUAUAAUACGACUCGGCCUCUUUGUGGAGGUUCAGUUUCAACUUCAGAAGGAUUUUUGAUGACUCCAAACUAUCCUCGGGAAACUAGCGUAAGAUAUUGUCAGUGGAUAAUAACUGUACCGAAUAAAAACAGGCGUGUACGUUUAGAACUAUUGGAUUCUGAUUUAGAAAAACAUCGAAUAGAUAUAUUUAACGAUUUGCGAUAUCAAAAUUUUGCAGAGUCACUGGUAAGUACGGAUACCACAACACGAGUUUUUGAGUCUACUGGUAAUACUUUAGCUUUAUUUUUAUUUGUAUACCCUCAGGCGACAACCCAUCGCUUCAAAGCGAAAUUUAGUUCUAACGAUGAAGUAUUGUGCGGCGGUUUGUUGAAUGGUGCAACUGGGCAUCUUGAGUCACCAGAUCUACAGCGCUCAUAUUUCUGUUCUUGGCAUUACGAUUCUAGUCCAAUAGAAGACCAACAAAACGACACUUCAUCUACUGUAUUCAACACUUUAUUUAUAAGAGCUCAAGUAAAUUCUUCAGUAACUACAAAUCGUUGCCGAUAUACUGACCCUAAAUUACAUAUAAAAGCACCUGUAAGCACAACUAACUUCGUAAGAAAUAUUUGUGGAAACACCGAAGUGUCAUACAGGAUACCCUCGACUUCUGCAGAUUUCAUAGCAACUAAGAGCAAGAGCAGUUCACUCUAUUUUAAUCUGGAUUGGAAAUUGCAACCAUGUGGUGGCGUAGUUCAUGCCGGAAUUAAUGCUGUGAAUGUGUUGAAUAUUCCUCGUGCAACUGAUGGUUCAUUGGAUUGUGCUUGGCUUGUUAUUUCACCGGACGCUGCCCGUGUGGAAAUAAAAUUAGAAGGCACUUUCCAGUUGGACUGUUUGGACGAAUUUAUCACUAUCGGUCACACUGUGGAGGCUUUGCCACCUAUGGCAGAUUAUUGCAAAGAUAGAAUGCAAGACAACGCUAUAGUUGCUGGUUUUCUACAUAUAUUAGUUCAAUACCACUCCAAGGCUAAAAAUGUUACUGAUGUCCGUCUCACUGUUAGAACUAUAACUGGUCAGUGCGGAGGUUUAAUUUUGGAUUACGACAGAAUUUUCGAAUCGCCGAAUUUCCCCAAAAAUUAUGCUACGAAUCUCGAAUGUUCCUGGGAAAUUAAGGCUAAUUUAGGCAAUCGUGUAUCCCUUAGAUUUGUGGAACGAUUUGCGAUAGAAGAUACAAAAAAUUGCACAAAAGAUGUCGUUAUUAUUUAUGACUGGAAAAAUGACAAUUAUAACGAAAUGGCUAGAUUAUGCGGACGCCAACUUCCACCUGUAUUCAAUUCUACUUUUAAUAGAAUGAAAGUGUUAUUACGCACGGAUGGCGAUAUUAGUUUAGAUGGAUUUAAGGCCGAAUGGACUCCCAUAUGUGGAGCGACUCUGUUCGCCACAACUAAAGAACAGUUUUUGUAUAGUCCGGGAUAUCCUGAUCAAUAUCCACCAUUGGUUGACUGUACAUAUGAAAUAAAAUCGGAGAGGAACGUGCACUUGAAAUUCCACGAAUUUGAAUUAGAAGGUAUGUAUCCUACUUGCGAAUAUGACAAUGUGACAUUAAAAGGUGAAUAUUUGUAUGACUCAUUUGAUGGAGUUUACUGUGGCACUGAGUUACCACCACCAUUGCGUAAUUACAAGAAGAUAACCUUGACUUUUAAAUCAGAUAGAUUUACUCAGAGGAAAGGCUUUAAAUUGUCGUACAGAAUCUUUGCUUGCGGCGGGGAAAUAAAAACCCCUACUGCUAUAAGUUCUGGGCUUGGUGAUACUUACGAAGAAAAUCUUAAUUGUACGUGGAUUAUAGAAGCGCCAGCGAAUAAAAACGUCAUUCUUAAAUUCCAAGAAUUUUAUUUAGAAAGCACCGAACAUUGUUAUGCUGACUACGUAGCCGUGUUUAAUGGUCAAAUUAUAGAUGACGAAAAACGUUUGGCACUUAUGUGCGGUCGUAUAGAUUGUCCCACCACUAUACAUAGUACUGAUAACAAAAUGGUAGUACAAAUGGUUUCUGAUUAUACCAGUUCUUAUAAAGGUUUUAAAGCGGAAAUUUCUUUCAGUUACACCAGUGCAGUAGGAUGUGGCGGACUCGUAAAUGUGUCGUCUACUGAAAUAUUGAAAUCGCCUCUAUUUGGUGGAAGCGCGGUAUAUGAAAAUUUCUUGGACUGCUAUUGGACUAUUCGUGCACCCGAGGACUACACAAUUAAGAUAGAAUUUACAUCGUUCCACGUGGCAUCGUGUUCGGGCGUUAAUCAAACAGCUGUGGGCUAUAGCAAAUGUGAUUGUGACUACGUGGAAAUAAGAGAUGGAUUUAAUCCCAGCGGUAUAGUUAUUGGUACGUAUUGUGGACAUACAGCCCCACCGCAGCUUACUUCUUCGGGAAACCUUAUGAGUGUUAGUUUAUCGACUGAUGGUGAAGAAAAUAGUGGAGGAUUUGAAGCACGGUUAACAGUACAAAGAUCGAUAUGCGGCCAAUCCUGGUACAUAGUAUCUAACGACGUCCAAAGAAUUACUUCUCCGGGAUACGAUAAAGGAUCUAUUCCCCGAGGUCUGCGUUGUUAUUAUCACUUCGACUCGAAUAUCUACAACACAAUACAUCUUGCUAUAAAACACCUCGAUAUUCAACCUGGACAGCCAGAAGACAGUCAGUGCAACAAAGAUAGCCUAACUAUUUUGAAAGUACCGGCGCCGCAUAAUUUGACCAUAGGCGGAGAUUUAGUUGUCAAUUUAGAUAGCUAUUCGUUUGUUGACGCUUACAGUCUCAGUUACUAUAUUGAAGAAGUCAAUAAGCCGAAUCGAUUAGUUUUCUGUGGUAACAAAAUGCCUAUCGAUUUAUAUCUGACUGGAAGCGUCACUGUUAUUCUUGAAACAUAUACUGAAACAGAUUCACUUUUACACAAAGGCGUUGAAAUGGAAGUGACGUAUUCAAAACUUUGUCCUGGAAAUUAUACAGAAAAGCAAGGUAGAAUUCGAUCAUCUAGUGCAUAUUCCCCAUAUGAAGAAACAACCACGCAACACUGUUACACCCUAAUAACAGCACCGGAAGGGUUUACAAUUUCUGCUUAUUUUUUGUCUAUUAUACAGGCGUACACAAAAGGUUACAAUUUUGAGGUCUUCGAUGGAAAUUCAACCACCGCUUCGAAAUUGUUGACAGUUAAGACCGAUUCCAUAGAUCCACCUAUGCUAUUUUCCACGGGGAGGUUCCUUCUCUUGCAUAGUGUCUACACUCCAUCAAUGCAUGCGACUUUCGAUUUAUAUUACGUGGCCACUGAUAAGGGUCGGGGAUGCGGAGGCAAAAUGCAGAACACUUUAGGUAUACUGUCCAGUCCGUUGUAUCCUGAGGUGUAUAGGCAAAAGGGCACUUGUGAAUGGGAGCUGGAAACGCCGUAUGGCACACAUUUACAGUUGCAUUUUAAAAUCUUUGAUAUGGGUCGAGAUUGCAAUCGAAAUUACUUGCAAUUGAUUGACAGAAGUGGUGCCGUUGUAUCUUCGUACUGUGAUGAGACUCCCGCCGAUUACACUAGCCCUGAUAAUUACGUGAAGAUAGUAUUCACGACUACUAUGAACAAUGGAGGUACAGGUUGGGUUGCAGAAUUCUUCGGUUUGAAAUAAGUAGUAACCAAAAGUUCGUGCCGGCUUAUUGUAGUCACAAAGUUGUAAUUAGGUGACUAAUUUUCGUUAAUUCUUACUGUAAACUUUUCUUCUAGCCAUUCUCAACCAUAUCGGAGCAGGCCUCCUUCAGUGUCUGCCACUUCUCUCGAUUCAGUAUCAUCUAUAUCCAAUUCAACCUCGCCCACUUUCUUUAUAUCAUCCUUCCAACGCAUCUGCGGUGUCCCUCUAGGGCUGUAAACUUGGCUCUUUUUCAGUAUACAUUAUAUUUUAUUAUUUGAUCGGAUCCGGAAUAUGCAAGAAAAUUUUGUAAACUGUCAGAAAAUAUUGUAUUUAUUAUAUGACUGAGCGUAAAUUAGUUUGUUAUCUCAUUCUUAUUAUAACGAUGUACAGACAACGUACACAUGGUACACGACGUACAAUAGAUCUAGUUUAGUUUCAUUGCACACGCAGUGAUUUUCGAAGACAAGUGUACGUAUAGCUUGAUGUGCUGUUGGCUGUACAAUUAUACCUUACACUUAAAUAUGUAGUUUGUAAACAUCACAAUGUUACGAAUAUGCGACAGAGGCCGUGAAUACUAUUAAAGACGCUUAAUGUAUUCAAGGAAUAUAAAUAUUGGUAUGUUUUAUCGAGUGUAUAGUAUAUGAUGAUGUUUUAAUAGAUAUUGUCGACAUUGUUAUGUUAUGCAAUAAAGUUCAUUUAUUGGCAGCGAGUUGUUUAAUUCCAUGUAUGUACAAACAAUACAAAUACGUGGCUAAGG